AUAAAGUAGUAAUGGUAGAGUCGGCUGCUGGUACUAGCAUUCACAGCGAGGCUGGCAGCAGACACAACAGUGCUGCCAUGUUAUCACACGGCAAUUGUAGAACCACCAUUUGGUGACGGUGUGCAGAUGAAGUAAGGCCAACAGUGACAGCCAAUUUCCCGGUCUUCCAACCUAUUUUUGCAGCAAGAUGAAGUCAACUCUGAUAUUCCUUUUAAGUUCUCUCUUGGGUUCAGCGUCAGCUUUGCGCACAGUCACCAUCGGCGCUGCUUUGAGUUCCGAGAGGAACCAGGAAGUGUUUAAAAAUGCAGUGGACCAUUUAAAUGAUUUACGACUUGGUGGUGAUGUCUAUUUCAAUUCCACGUCUAUUGCAAUGGAUGUUAAUCCUAUUCGAUCAGCAUUGGAUGUGUGUGACCGUUUGUUGCCGCAGACAGUAUACACAGUGAUUGCCAGUCAUCCAAACGCCAGUGACCAGUCACCGAUCUCUGUGUCCUACACCUGUGGCUUCUACAAUAUACCUGUGAUUGGAAUUGCAGCCAGGGACAGUGCUUUCUCAGACACGAACGUUCACGGAACCUUCCUGCGGACUGUGCCGCCCUAUUCCGCCCAGGCUGAUGUGUGGAUUGCCCUCCUGCAGUACUUUGAGUGGUCUCAGGUCAUCUUCCUCCACAGCUCAGAUGAAGAAGGGCGGGCCAUUCUCAGCCAGUUCCAGACAUUAGCUGAACCUCUCAAAAUCAAGCUUGAGAAGACUGUCAAGUACAUCCCAGGCCAGAAUAAUUACACCAACGACUUGUGGAGAAUCAUGCAGGCUCAGUCCAGAGUUGUGCUGCUAUCUGCAUCGACCGAUGAUGCAGAGCUGAUAUUUCAAGAUGCGGAGAAUCUGGGUCUGACUGGAGAGGACUAUGCCUGGUUUGCCACAGAGCUGGCCUUCAAGGCCUACAAUGCCCCAGUUGGCCUGCUUGGUGUGUAUCUCAACAAUGGAACAGACGAAGAGGCUCACAUCAAGGACAGUGUCACUGUCGUCGGACUUGCAUUCUCAGAAAUACUCCGCACUGGAAACAUCACAGCACCACCUACUGCCUGCAAAGAUAUGAGGACUUGGGGCGAUGGGACCACGAUCAUGAGGAAACUACGAGAAACAAAGUUGACCCAUGGUCAAACAGGCUUGGUGACCUUUGAUGAGCAUGGUGACAGACAGAACCCCUCGUACGAGAUACGCAACAUUAACCAGGAUGGCAAAGCAUUUGCUGUGGGACUGUAUGGUGAUAUUAAGCCAAUUGAGGAACCCCUGAGGAUGAUGCAUGAGAUCACGUGGCCAGGAGGCGUCAAGAUCAGACCAAAGGGUCAGAAGAUCUCCCGUAACUUGACGAUUGUGACAAUCCCUGAGAUGCCAUUUGUGGAAGUUGAGGAACCCCUGCCUAGUGGUGUCUGUCCAACGUAUGAUGACAAAGAGGUCUUCCCCUGCACACAACAGAAUAGCUCCACCGGGGAGAAUGAGCUCCAGUGCUGCACAGGCUACUGUAUGGACAUGCUGCAGGAGAUUGCCAAGCAGGUCAACUUCACCUUCACCAUACAUCUCAGUCACGAUGGACUCUAUGGCUCAUUUGAAAGGCACAAUGGCUCUAAGGUGAAGCGAUGGAACGGGAUGGUGGGAGAGUUGCUUGACAAUGAGGCAGACAUGAUUGUUGCUCCACUAACCAUCAACCCAGAGAGGGCCAAGUUCAUAGACUUCACAAAACCAUUCAAGUACCAGGGCCUAACUAUACUGGUCAAAAAGACCCAGAAGGACUCCAGUCUGGCCUCCUUCCUCCAGCCCUUCCAAGAUACUCUGUGGAUCCUGGUGGGUCUGUCGGUCCACGUGGUGGCGCUGGUGUUGUAUCUGCUGGACAGGUUCAGUCCAUUCGGCCGCUUCAAGUUGGCCAAGAGUGAUGACACGGAGGAGGAUGCCCUCAAUCUGUCCAGUGCCAUGUGGUUUGCCUGGGGAGUCCUGCUCAACUCUGGCAUCGGGGAAGGUACUCCCCGGAGUUUCAGUGCCCGUGUGCUGGGCAUGGUGUGGGCAGGUUUUGCUAUGAUCAUUGUGGCCUCCUACACUGCCAACCUGGCUGCCUUCCUGGUGUUGGACAGACCAGAGGCCUCCAUCUCCGGCAUCGACGACCCCAGGUUGAGAAAUCCGAAUGAGAAUUUCCGGUAUGCGACGGUGAAGGGCAGUGCUGUGGAGAUGUAUUUCAAGCGUCAGGUGGAGCUGUCAACGAUGUACCGUACCAUGGAGAACAUCAACUACGCUACUGCCAAGGAGGCCAUUGAUGAUGUCAGAAACGGAGACCUCCAGGCCUUCAUCUGGGACUCGCCACGCUUGGAGUACGAGGCUGCCCGGGACUGCGACCUCGUCACGGCCGGGGAACUGUUUGGACGUUCAGGUCUUGGCAUCGGACUGCGGAAAAAUAGUCCAUGGACACAUGAAGUCUCACUUGCUAUUCUUACUUUGCACGAACGUGGGUUUAUGGAGGAGCUGGACAACGAGUGGAUCCUGGCAGAGAGUACUUCGGCCUGUCCGCAGAGAGACUCCGCCCCAGCCACACUCGGACUCACCAACAUGGCCGGUGUGUUCAUGAUGGUAGCUGGCGGUAUCGUGGCAGGCGUUCUGCUAAUAUUUGUGGAGAUUGCGUACAAGCGACACCGUGGCUUGAAGGACAAGGAGCUAGAGCUGGCCCGCAAUGCAGCCGACAGGUGGCGUGGCAACAUAGAGAAACGUAGAACUCUUCGUCAGACACUUCAGAAACAACGCGAAGAGCAACUGCGUGCCAACUCACUCAUGAAACAGCAAACGUCUAUGGAUAGUAACAGUACUCCAGUCUUCCGCCGUCAGUCAUUUGCCGAGGCCACUGGCAGCCGGGUGUAUGCUGCAACCCCACCUCCACCUAAUUACACUCCCACCCACAGCUGUUCCGGCCAAGGUCGCAGCGUCACGUGGGGGCGGCCCCCCCAGAACUCAGAGUAUAACAUUAUAUAGGUCUUGGAUUUGAUACUCAGUGUUCAUGUUCUCUAUCUUUGGAGAAUAUGGUAUCUUUUCAAUGUUUUGGAAUGAGACAUUUUGGCAGAGGCCAUGACAUCAAGUUUACAUUUUUUUCUGACAGAGAAUUUGCCUUUGCUAGGAAUUGUUCUUGUUUUCUAUUUUCAUGGAUGAAAUUGAUAUAGAUCUCUGAAAAUGAUAUGCAAAUUUGUACUCAUGCUUUGAAGAGAUCAAACAGGAGAAAAUGUCAUAUUUUGUAUCUUGGCUCAUCUUGAGAGACUUCAUGCCCACUUUACUGUUGCUGGUAUUACACUAUGCUUUCAAGGCUAGAGAUGUAGAUCUUGUAGAAGUUUAUUCAGAUUGUAUCUAGUGUAAGUUGAGACAAUUGUGUCAUUGUUAUCUUUUACAAAUUUAUGAUUUACAAGCAUUUGUUGAGUUGAUUACAUUGAAAGUUUGUCUUUUAUGGUAGCCAGUGACUUCAAGUCCACAGCUACUGAUUGUCUAAGUACUCAAGUAAGAGAAGGGCGGUUGUUGAAACAUAUUCUUGGUGAUUCCCCUUCUGGAACUGUAUUGCAAAUACUCAUAUCACCAUCGUUUGUUUGGUCUUUUCAUUUAUUUCAUUGUUGUGAAACAUUGCAUAAAACAUUUCAUCAAUAUUUCCACAGGAAAGUGAGCUUCAGACUUUCAGUAUCAAACUGUCACAAUGACCACCAGGCAGUUACGAAUUCAGUGAUUGAACACAAAAACUGUAAAUCACAGAAAUUAAUCUGGCAGUAAGUCAUGAAGCUACAAUUAAUAUGGAAACUACAUGUUUACAAUCUCCAACGCCUAUAAUUAUUAACAUUUGAACUUUGUUCAUGGAGGUCAGGCUUAAUGAAGUCUUACCUGAAAUGUAUUCUGCACAAGACAUUGUGCUUGUUGAAGUAGUCAUAAUAGUCCAUUUUUAUCUAUAUUGAGUGUUGUCUUCAACUUUGGAAGUUUGGGGAGUUACUUGUAUAUAUUGUUGAGUGUCUGAAGUGUUGUUUAUGCCAAUGAAGAUCUGAAUCUGCUUGUAUAAAAUAAAUGUUAUCAAUUUGAUCAUGAAACAAUAACAUGACAAAUCAGACAGGAUGAACCUUCAUACAUGUUUUAAUAUGAAUGGCCAGAUAUUAGUGUUUCGUUAGAGAAUAUAUCCUCCUCUAGAAUGACAAUCAUUCAUUUCCAUUUUUAUCGUGGCAUUGUGUAAUCCAAUAACAAGUAUCAACAUGAUCAAGUUAAUCUAGCCAAAAUUAAUGUAGCAAUAAAUCGUAUUAAGUAUGUAAAAAAGUAUAUUUUUAUGAUAGAUUUUCUGAAGUAUUGUACGGAGGUCAGAGCACCUGGAAGCAAAGUCUGUCUCACAGUCCCUGAACCAUAACUGUUUUCCCUUCCACCCUGCCCUUACUUUAAUUCUACAUAAAAAACAAAGCAAGUCUAGUUUUUCCACAGGUUCUGAAUCCCCUGGCUGUCAUACUGGGAUGUCUUUUCAAUUAAGAUGUUUCUAUCGCAAAGAUAUAUUUUCAGAAGUGUCAGUCUACUGGUAAUCCAUUGUUCACAUAUAAGGGAAGGUAUUGGGAGAAAUCAUAUGUAAAAUUACCUUUGCAGAUUUAUUCAUUUGCAUAACCAGGAUUUAGUUACAUCCCUUCUGAAAGUCUGGUUUUUUUUAGAAGCAUAGGCAUAAUCUGUAUUCAUUCAGGUGUAGAUAAAAUGUCAAGCAUGGACACAAGCUGUUUGACACGUGUGACUACGUACUGGAAGGUUAUCCAUAUUACUAUAUGUAAUCCUGUAGGCUCAAGUGUGUGAUACUGAAGUUUGAUCAGAGAGCUGCUUGAAAUUGCCAAUGAUUUAACUGAUUAUUCAUGAUAUGGUUUACACUUUGUGACAAUUUAACUGAUUAUUGGCUAUAUUGUUUAUACCUUGUUAGUCUGGACGAAAAUGACAGUCUAAACAUUUUUUCUUUCUGUGAAGUCAUGUGAUACAUGUUUACAUAUACUUGAUACUUUUCUUCAGUUGAUAUUUUGUUGAUUAUCAGUCUGCUCAGAGUUUGACUCAGUAUCUUGUGCAAUCUGUCAGUCUUAAGUGUAUUUCAUUCUUUUGCAAAAUUUAGUACAAAAUGUUUUCACCUGAAGUUAUUUCUUUAUUGUGAUUUUGAGAUUGUGCCACUCUCUUCUUGAUUUUUAUUCAUCUCAAGAGAGACACAUACUUUGCUCAUGUAUAUUACGAGUUUACCCCAAGCGUGCAAUAACGUUCUUCCAUUGUCAAGUCAUUGUCCAUGCAGGUAUUAUAACUUGUCUUCUUCAGUUCAAUAAAAUGACAGUCUAA